AUGGCCCAGUUCGUGACUCACAUCCAGCCCACUUUGGUCGAGGCGUCCCACCACCACCUCCCCCACAGCCACCACCACAAAGAACACCACAAAGACCACUACCUAAAAGAGCACCAUGGGAAGGAACACCACGCCAAAGACCACCACCACGCCAAGGAGCACGGGAGCGAAAAGCACAUGGCCAUCAAGAGUCCCCACAAGAUGGCGGACAGACCCCGUGAGAUCCAUUACAAGGACUUGCACAUGGGACACAGUCGGGAAUAUCCCGUCUUACCCCAUAGUCCUGUAGAACAACACCACCACGACGGCGAAGCCUACCAUGGAGAGCAAAGGAGGGAUUCUGCACAUUACUUUGAUUCUCAUGGCUUGGUACAUCCCUACGACAUACACUUCAUGGACUCUCAAGGGAUAUAUAGGGACUACCAAGGGCAUGGUAUUGAAGUGGAUGACAUCCAUAAAGACUACAGUACCGAGAAAGAGAAGCAUCAUAAGGCCAGGAGUGUGGAUAAGUCGCCUCUUGACGGAGUCAAGCCAAUUCCUCCGAAGUUUAUUGAUAUCCAGCCUGUCCACGGGGAAAACAAGCUGGUAAGAUAUUUGUUUGCAUGA